GAAAAACAUUCGCUGAGAGGAGCAGAAAUCCUCCAGCAGCCGCCGCCGCCGCCGCCGCUUUCAGGGAUGUAGAGAAAAGGGACCGAGCUGCUCUUUCAUAAAAACAGCAGGACCCAUGACCCUGACACGAGGAUCCUUCACCUACUCGAAUGGCGAGGAGUACCACGGCGAAUGGAAAGAAGGUCUGCGUCACGGCCUGGGUCAGCUGACCUUCAGCGACGGGACGUGCUACACGGGGCAGUUCGAGAACGGCCUGUUCAACGGCUGUGGGACGCUGGUGUUCCCCGACGGCUCCAGGUAUGAGGGUGACUUCGUGCAGGGCAAGUUCCAGGGCGCCGGCGUCUUCACUCGCUUCGACGGGAUGACGUUUGAGGGCGAGUUUAAAAGCGGAUGCGUGGACGGCAACGGAGCGCUGAAGUUUGCGGACGGGGGCCCUGGCGGCGGCGGAGGCGGCGGCGGCCAUGAAGGCCUGUUUGAGACCAACCAGCUGACAAGGAGGGAGAACAGCCAGGGAGCUGUGCAGAGGGCGCAGGCUGCAGCCGCCAAGGCCCGAGCUCUGGCCAUGUGACCCGGACUCCGUGACCCCACAGUUCCCCCAUCAUCCUCCUCUUGGUUUGAACAGCUGAUUAUUUUAUCCAAAGGAUUUGUUCGUUUUCGUCGGUCUCCUUCUCUUUCACUUUCUUUGACCGCUUAAGAUGUCAGAGGUUAGAGUUUGUUCUUUUGAAUUCCUUUUUUUGUUUAUUAUUUGAUGAAUCUCGUUCCUGCCUGUGAGUAGAAAAGCCACUGGUUCAGGACCAGCUGGGCCGAACACAGAUUUACCGUUCAAUUAACACACUGGUGCUAAAUCUGCUUCAGGGUCAGCUAACCUGACAAAACGCAACUCUGGAUCCAAAAGUGCAUAAGGGUUGUUUCUAGUUGUUAACAUUGAUUUGGUGAUUUUGAUGUCAAAGAAUCCGGGUUGAAACUGGGCUACUUUUAAAGUUGCACUCCGAGACACUGAUUAAACCCUAAAAUCUUCCUCUUUUUCAAAAUUACAUAGUUAAAAUAUUUUACAUGGGGGAAAAAAAUCCCUUGGCUAACGUUAGAUUUAACCUUGGUCCCAAACAUUAUCUCUGAAUUAACUACCUUCACUUACAUUAGAUAAUCCAUGGUCCUGAUUAGGCUACUUAGCUACCUUAGCUAACUUUAGAUAAAUCCAGUUCUGGCUAAGCUACGUUACCUAUUGUUGAUGAACCUCGAUCCCGAUCACCAGCUCUGCUAACGUUUGAUAAACCUUCCUGGUCACCUGACUUAGCUACCGGUAAAACUUUGUCCCAAUCACAAGUUCUGACUUGGCUACGUAGCUAACGUUAGAUAAACCUUGGUCCUGAUCACUUAGCUACCUUAGCUAACGUUAGAUAAACCUCGGUCCUGAUCACUUAGCUACCUUAGCUAACGUUAGAUAAACCUCGGUCCUGAUCACUUAGCUACCUUAGCUAACGUUAGAUAAACCUCGGUCCUGAUCACUUAGCUACCUUAGCUAACGUUAGAUAAACCUUGGGACCGAUCACCAUUUCUGACCUGGCUUCGUUAGCUAUUGGUCCCAAUCACCAGUUUUGAAUUAGCUACCUAUUAGCUAACUUUGCUUGUGAUUAGCAACAAGGCGUAUUACUCAAAGUGCUUUACAAAGACGUGGGGUUCAAUGGUGUUAAAUCAAGUCAGAAUCGUAUCAUUUCUGAAUCCCUCUGAUCCCUGAUUGAAUCCCUUCACCAGUUCUAGUUAGAUUCGGCUUUCAACGUUUGCAAGCGAUUCAAUUUGAAGAUGACUAAAACGCAAAGCAUCUAUUUCUGACUGUCAUUAUCUUUUGCUGGUGAGGAGGAAGGGAAUGAAGUGUGGCAGCCUGAUUAAUGUUUACAACUUUAAAAGAUGAGAGGAGCAGCACAAGAUAUAAACUGUUGGUUUAAUGUGUCACACGUGUUGAAAUAACAGACUUACUCAACUUACUUUGUGUGACAAGUGACUUUGCUGCAACUUGUGGAGGUGACGAUUCAAAAGCUUUAGGUCACUGAUGCGUCUCGUUGAUAAUUAAUCUCAUCCAUAAUGUUGUCAGACAUUUAUUAAAACAGCCUGAACCUGUCAGUGGCAAGAAGAGCAGCUGUUUUACUGUUUCAUACAACUCUUGCUCACUGACUUACAAAGAUGUUUGUCCUUUUAAGACAUGUGUAAGACGAAUACAAUUUAUGGAAUGAUUCAAAAAAGUAACCCUGAGCAGUUCUAUAAAAAAGUUCUUCUGGAAAUUAGCUAUUGCUAAUAAACUCUACGCAGCUAACUACAAUUUUAAAAUAUAAAACCAAUUUGGAAUUAAUGAGGAAGUGAUGGACCGGUACAAUAGAGCUUCCACAAAGUCACUUUUCAACCGCAAGACGUUUUGACCUUUAAAUCACCAGAUCAGUACCAAACUGGGUUUCCCGCCAAAAUCACUUUGGUUCUGACAUCUGACCUCUUGUUGGUGCUCUACUCUCAGAGUAGAAACUGUUUACUAUAAGUCAGUGAGAUGUCAGAGGCGGCGAGGAUCUCGGCUGGAAGAAAAUCGUGAGUCGUCUUUGGGGUUUUUUUUGUUUCGAUUUUUCCACUCAGUGCCGUUAUAGCUCAGUCUGAUCACAAAUCAGCGGGGAACACCCGCCUCAGUGCCGACCACGCAGUGCCCACAGGCUGCGGCUGAUCCAGAAUCAGUGGCUCAACAAUCAGGGAGGAAGUUGGGAGGGCGGAGGGCCGCGGGGAGCAGCGGGGGGGAAUGGAAGUGGCUGCUGCAGGCUGCGGUAAUGAGUGCAAUUUCUGUUCUGGAGGUGCAAUUUGAUAAUAACGUGCAAUUUUCUGCCUGACAGCAAGAUUCCCUUCUGCUGCAGGUCUUGCGGGGAUGAGGAGAGCGACCGCUCUGUCUGCAAAAGAGGCUUUGUGGGGUCAGAGAGACGCUCGGCUCAUGAAACAGAGCCUGGGUGUCAAAUGACUCUCUGAACUGGAAGGGUUCCAUUCCACAAUUACAUGCAAGGGACCCUUAUUCAUUUUUUUUUUUUGAAGCAAAAGUCUUUGUGUCCAGGAAGAAGACUGUUUUACUUCCAUGGAUACAUUUACCUAAAGCAAGACUUUUUUUGCAUGUUUUUGAAAUGAAACUCUUCCUUCACCCGGUUCUCAUUUGCUUCAUGCAGCUUUUUUAUAUAUUUUUUCUACUUCACAUUCCUGAUUAAGGAUCAGAUUUUUUUAAAUAUUUGUGUAUAAAUCACCCCAAGCCCCCAAAAGAAAAGAAAAAAACUCAGAAAAAAGAGGUGCACGUGUCACUGUGGUGAACUUAACCAAGCUUGUGAUGAGCUCGAACUAACACAUAUUUCACGAGGGUGUGCCUCUGGGAAUCAGCGUGUGUAAUGAGACUGGUGUGUAGACGUGCCGUGUGUGUGUGUGUGUGUGUGUGUGUGUGUGUGUGUGUGUGUGUGUG